AUGGUCCGGGACAGGCUCUCUGAAUACCUAGAGGCCCGACACACUAUUGCAGACACUAUGUACGGCUUCCGCCCACAUCGCUCUGCUCAGGACUCCUGCAACUCCAUCGUGACGUUGUCGAACCGGUCGAACAUCCCAGUGACGACAAGGUACGUCCGCCAAUUCCUCAUGGAACGGCGGACAUACCUGCGUAUUCAAGACAAGGAGCAUGGACCGUACCCCCUCGGCGUGCAGCACGCUCUGUACGCCGACGACAUCACGCUAUGGGCAACCCAGGGUUUCCUUGGUAGCAUCGAGACGUGCCUGCAACAUGCCGCGUCGAUUGUUGACAACUACGCCCGCAGCUGCGGUCUCGAAUGCUCACCCACCAAAUCGGAUCUUUUACACGGACGCAUCCGGCCCCACCACGGCGGGUGGUACACGGCCGCUGUGGUUCACCAAACCGUACCUAUUCAAGGGCUCACCUUUCGAGCACCGGACAUCACACACGCGGAAGAGGUCGCCAUAGCCCUCGCCGCAGCGGACCCCGCAUCUCGGAUAAUUAUUACCGAUUCGCGGAGGGCGUGCCAAAAUCUCACCCGGGGUCGCAUCAGUGAUCGCGCCGCCGAAAUCCUUAAGCGAUGCUAUUAUCUAGAUCGCCCAAAUCCACGCACCGUCAUCUGGACUCCGGCUCAUACGGGGCUAGCUGGAAACGAGGCUGCAGAUGCCUCGGCCCGCGCGCUUAAUUACCGGGACCCGCCCGGCCCCCCAUCGCCUGAUGUUCCAGAACCCAAUCCGGCUACCUCUUUCAGAGAAAUCACCGCUAUGUACAAAUCGAACAGGCUCCGCUUCCCACCCCCGGCAUCGGGCCUGCCCAAGAAGGACGAGCGCUGGCUCCUCCGUCUCUACACCAAUACAGUAUUGGGCCCGGCGAUACUCAAACACUUCAAUCCGGCAUUCUCUGGGGAAUGCCCGCACUGUGACCAUCCGUUCGCGGAUACUUUCCACAUGGUGUGGGCAUGCCCCUCAAACCCGGCGGUCCCGCCACUUCCCUCCCCUUCCCCCCCUACCCGAGAGAGCUGGGAGGCUGCCCUGCUCGGUUGCUCGACCCUGGAGGACCAGCGUGCCCUAGUGGCCCGAGCGCGUGCUGCAGCAGAAGCCACAGGGGUCCCGGACUAGGGACUUCUCCUAGAUUUUGUAAGGGGCCGGCCCUUAAAGCCGUCCCCAACUCUCUCCUGUUAACUGAGUGAAUAAAGUUUACCUACUAC